UCUCUGAUACACAAAAAUGGCCGCCUCCUUGGUUCGUUUGGUCCGUGGAGGACUAGGGCGAAGCUUUAGUGUGGCUAAUCGAAGCGCCGCAUUUUUGCAGCAGGCACGGUCAGAAACGACAACAACCGAAACUAGACCGACCGUUAGACCAAAAGAUGCGGUUACCCAUAAUCAGCUGUCAGCUUUUGGGGAAUACGUGGCUGAAAUUCUUCCUAAAUAUGUCCAGCAAGUUCAGGUGACCUGUUAUAAUGAACUGGAGGUCAUGAUCCAUCCUGACGGGGUCAUCCCCGUGUUGACCUUUCUACGUGACCAUACUAACGCCCAGUUCCGCAACAUGAUAGACUUGACAGCUGUGGACAUCCCCACACGGCAGAACAGGUUUGAGAUUGUGUACAACCUGCUUUCCCUGCGCUAUAAUUCACGUAUCCGGGUGAAGACUUACACAGACGAGCUGACGCCCGUCGACUCUGCCGUGCCCGUGCACCAGGCUGCCAACUGGUAUGAACGAGAGGUCUGGGACAUGUUUGGAGUGUUCUUUGCAAACCACCCGGACCUGAGGCGCAUCCUGACCGAUUACGGAUUUGAGGGGCAUCCGUUCAGGAAAGAUUUUCCUCUCUCUGGAUAUGUGGAGGUUCGUUAUGACGACGAGGUGAAGCGUGUAGUGGCCGAGCCCGUUGAGCUGGCGCAGGAGUUCCGCAAGUUUGACCUUAACAGUCCGUGGGAGGCGUUUCCAGCCUACCGUGAGCCCAAAGAGGCACCCAAACUAGAGGCCGGGGAUAAACCUCCAGCCAGCAAGUAACCUCCCGACAUACUGUCGAUCUUCCCUGUGUCUGGCAGUCUGACAACCCUUUCCUCCUGUUCAUGUUAAAGUAUUUAUGUAAAUAAAGCAACAUCUAGUUCUGUGAAUCUUUGGCUGGUCUUUAUUUCCAGCGGAAGAAUAAAGAAUACAUUUGAAAAAAAUU